AUGGGCGGACACGAAAGCGAGGAGAAUAUGCUUUGGAUGCCAUACGUCCCUAGUGAAACAGGUAUUUGGGAAGGAGAUCUUCGGGACGUGCAAAUUGGCUCCCAGCUUCCAAUAGAGCUCAAUAUCUAUGGAAGUCGUCAACAGGCUGGGUCUGUUGGUCGAAUUCUAUCAAAAGCCAGCACAUAUCUUCAAUUUCCCCUAUGUGGGCUAGAGGGCUUGGAGUACUAUAACCCGCACUUUUUCAGAAUGGAAGGAUACCCGCAGCAAGCAUCGAUACCCGCCUCCGCAACCCCUCGCAUGGACACCUCAGUGAACCUGACGCUAAACGCCCAGGGCCUAGAGCCCCCAUUGAGCAUGGAUCUGGGGCCUCAGAAGACCUUCUGCACCUACGUGGAGUCGAAACUAGUCAAAGGUGUGAAUGGACACGGUGAAACAGUCGCCUACGUACCUGGUGCAGAUUUGGAGAGUUACUGGUCGCAGGCGAAUGUCAAUUACAUUCUGGACUCGCACGACCGGCCUAUCUACGAGAGCGCCAUUUACAUUGCGAAGAAACUGCGCCACAUCUUGUCUACUCUGGUGUAUACUGGUCACACGCAAGGGAUUUCUUGGUUCUGCCAACAUGUCAGGAAAUUGAGCGACCAUCACCUUCCAUUUAGCGUACAGGAGCUUCCCAAGAACUGCGCUUGGUCUAAGGACUUUCUGGAACACCAAUGGAUGUUUUGCCCCUUUUGGCUUACACCUGAUACUAUCUUCAAGCGUACCUUGCACUCUAAGUAUAUUCUACCUGUAGUGUAUGAGAAGUGUCUUACAGACUCUGUUCGUCCAUCUGACGCCGUCACUCUGUGGCGAGUACACAUGCAGCCUGAAGGCGCACUGCCGUUGUCAAAUGCCGAUACCGCCGUCUUCAAAAUCUACAAAGGUGCAAGCGCACAGCGCCUGUAUAAGGCUGAGGCAGAAGCAUACAGUCAGCUCCUUCGCUUCAAUAAUGAGGUGUAUAUCACGAAGUCCCUAGCGGCAUUCUCAUUCGAAGGCAUUGAGAAGUCGAUUAUUGUUCUUGAAGACACUGAGGGAGGAUCUUUGCUGGAAUAUCUAAGAAGCACGAAUACUCCUGUUACACUAAGCGAGGCCACGACUUCGUCGAAUCCGUCCCUGUCGGAGGUCCAUCAAGAUGUCCAACUAAGCAACAUCUUGGUAUUCCCUCAGAAGGACAAAGGCUCACGAUUUGACGUCAAUUUCAAGCUAGCUGACUUCGGAUUGACCAAGUCCCGAGGAGCAUUCUCAGCUGAAGUUAGCCGGUAUAGUAAGAAGACCUCUGACACUGCUUGGGUACAAACUAAUGGCGACAAAGCAUCCCCCGAGUCUUACUCAAAGGACCUUUUUCAGGGCCGACACAGGACUGAGAUCUCGGAGGCUUGCGACAUUUGGUCGCUGGGCGCUGUUUUCAGCGAGAUUCUCGUUUGGUCUAUAAUGGGUGAAAGUGGUCGCGAAGACUAUCGCGUCAAGAGACAAGAAGAGAUCUCAAACAAGCCACAUCCCAGAGCAGCAAAUAUCAGAGCAUCAAAACACGAUGCUUGUUUCCAUGACGGGACCUCAAGGCUAACCGCUGUCGAUGAGUUUCAUGACCAUGUCCUCCAACAUAGAAGAGCAACCGACCACAUAUCGCCAUAUAUGAGCCAGCUUAUCGUUGAGUACAUGCUCACAGAUCGCCCUCGUCGACUUAACCCCAUGCAAGCGAAAGUAAGAGCUGAUAAAUGGAUCAGAAUGGCACUGAAUGGUCAAUGGGAAUAUAUACCUGCGUCUCCUCUUUCGUUUACCAAUGGAACACUGCCCGUGACUUCCACCCCCAUAUCUACAUCCACUCCAAUACCGCCCAUUCAAGAACUCGCGACACUAGACCCCACAAUAGGACCGGCCCCAAUUUCACCAAAGCCCAAGACUCGGCAUGAACCUUUCACCGAGUGCCCGCCUCCAGAAAUAUCACCCACACUAGAGAAUAAUACCUUAACGUUAUUGGAGCGAAAAAGCCGAAAUUCAUCAUUUUCUAGCCUACUGGGUGUGGAAGCAGACAAGGGGGCUGAAAUCAUGGAUCUGUCUGGAUUUCAAGAAGUGUACGGCAAACUUGCGGAAGCCGAAAAGCGAGAUCAGAUAAUACUCGUGGAUAACUUUAGUUCUAUGGACGAACACAAACCCAAGAUUAAGCAGUUCGGUAGGGUCAUUAGCUAUAUCGUUAAGGGUAGUGACCCUACUGGCAUAGAAGUCUUUGCCGCCUCGGAAACUGAAAAGUCUCAGAUUUGCACUACGUCUACUGAUGUUGAGAAUGCCAUUGAGAAAAUGAAGACUGCAAAAGGGAGGUGUAAUAUGAAAAAGGCUCUCGACGAUAUUUUAACCCAAGUCUUGAGGCCUAGGCAGUUUAGACCGACAAGGGGCUUGCCAUAUGAUCUCAUGAGCUUGCGUCAAAAGCAUGACCUCGACCACGAACCAUUCCAAUUUCUACGCGGCAUGGAUGCCGUCUUUGACCCGGAGCUAAAACGUCUCGAUGACCCAGCACUUCGCCACAUUGAAGUUCAUGUACGAGGAAGUAUGUGGAACAUCGCAAGGCGACAAGUGGCGGUUGAGAUGAAUAGCAGUCUUGCUGGUAAGUACUGGGAUAGGGUCAGACUUUCCUUUGCUCCUCUCGUCUUCCCACUCCUUGAGACAAAUGACUACGUCUUGUGGAGCAUUGAGAACAACCCAAAAACAACAGAUACUGCAUCAAAGAUUGCGCUGCUGUUCUAUUCUUCGACUCUCUUGCCCACCUAUCCAGUUUUGGGCAUGCUUCUAAAACUCAAUAUCAUCAGUCCCGAUAUGCGUGUUAAUCUCAUGCCGGACUGCGGUAUAUUCUGGUCUAAAGAAGUAUACGUUUCAAGCACAGCCAGCAUAGUCGAGCGGUUUCUUCGAAUCGGCGCUGACCAUAGGUUUCGAUUUUCUACCCUGGUCGUUCACUAUCCCACGAAGCCAAACCUAGAAUGUGAGACAGAAGAUACUUUCACUUUUGGGAACCCCAAUGAACCAGAGACCCUCUCUUUCAGACGUAAAUGGCGACAUGCCAGCUACUAUUUGGAUGACCGGGACGAAAUUGACGAUGUUGUUGGUCUCGACACCACAUUUUCCAAGGUAGAAACUUGGCUAAGGGAACCGAACGGGGCUCGUCGCGAGAUAUCGUUCUUAGGUUGGAUCCGAGCUAUAAGCGAUUUCCCAGGCAAAGAUGAUGUGCUGAAACUGGUGGAGGAGAGGGCUCACGACUGGCAGGGCCUUCGCAAUGAGCAAGACAACGGGCCAUUAGAUGACCAGAACUUUGCUAAGAGUACUACUUCAAGCAAGUCCAAAGAAGCUGUAUCUCUCGAUGCAGAGCCAACAGGACUUUCCCAGGAAUACAUAACCCUCAAUUGGUUAAAUCUACUUGCUGUUAUGCUAGUCAUUCUCCAGAAACCACACAUUUGCAUAAUCGUCAUGAGUUCCAACACCAACGAGAUCACAGUCACUCUUCGACAAAUUGCCAAGAUGAUCGACCACUCUCUUCUGCACCCCACCAUGACAGACGCCGACAUUCUCCAAGGCCUUGCCAUCGCCAAAAAGUACGGCGUCGCUGCAGCCUGCGUCAAACCCUAUGCAAUCUCCAUGGCAAAGCAGGAACUUCAAGGCAGUGAUGUCUUGAUCUGCCCCGUCAUUGGUUUCCCUCAUGGAAACAGCAGCACUUCCGUCAAGGUCUUCGAAGCUGAUGUUGCUACCGCUGUUGGCGGCAACGAGAUCGACAUGGUCAUCAAUAUCGGCAAGGCACUCGGCGGUGACUGGAAUUACGUUGCUGACGAGAUUUGUCAAGUCAACGACGUAGUCGUCAAGCGGGGAGCUAUUCUUAAAGUCAUUUUUGAAAAUGACUACCUGGAUGAGGAACACAUUGUACGGCUUUGCAAGAUCUGCUCUGACAUUGGAGUGGCUUUCGUCAAGACUUCGACUGGCUAUGGUUUUGUGAAGCAGGAGAACGGGAUGUAUAAUUACAAGGGCGCUACUAUUCCUCAUCUCAAGAUCAUGGUAGAGGGAUCUGGCAAGAGUGUCCAGGUCAAAGCGGCUGGCGGUGUUCGCACCCUCGACGAUUUGCUGCAUGUUAUGUCGCUAGGCGUUACGCGUAUUGGCGCUACAGCUACAGCUGCGAUUAUGGAAGAAGCGGUUAAGAGGGGAAUCACGGACCAGCCUACUAAGGUUACGUUCAAGCCCAUGGCUGACAGCUCAGUCGGAGGAUACUGA